AUGUCGAACGAAGAUAAUGCGUCGAAACCUGCUUCGAAGGGACCGGAUCCAAUUCUGUUGACCCUUUUUGCCAACCGAUUCAUGAGCGUAGCCGAAGCCAUGGGCCGUUCCUUGCAGCAGACAUCCAUCAGCACGAAUAUCAAGGAGAGGCUUGAUUUCUCCUGCGCGCUGUUUGCUCCCGAUGGGGACUUGGUAGCCAAUGCACCAUUUAUUCCGAUUCACCUCGGUUCUAUGAGUUUUGCUGUGAAAUAUCAGAUGAAUCUCUAUGGAAAGGAGCUCAAAGAAGGAGACGUUCUCAUGACCAAUUCGCCGCACGCAGGUGGCUCCCACCUCCCGGAUAUCACGAUCAUUACCCCGGUUUUCGAUUCCGCAACGAAGGAUAUCAUCUUCUUUACCGCCUCUCGUGGGCACCAUGCAGACAUCGGUGGUAUUUUACCAGGUUCUAUGCCCCCAACGUCUGUCAGUAUAUUCGAAGAGGGUGCUGAAAUAGUCAGCUUCAAGAUUGUCAAUGGGGGCGUCUUCGACCGCGAAGGCUUGAUAGAGUACAUGGUGGACAAGCCCAGCCAAUACCCAGGUAGCUCAGGCUGCAGGAACAUUCGGGACGUUGAGAGCGAUUUGAAGGCGCAAAUUGCUGCAAACCACAAGGGAAUCCAACUGAUACAUGCUAUCGUGGAUGAUUACGGCCUCGAAACGGUUCAAGAAUACAUGUACCACAUCAGGGCGAACGCUGAGCAAUCCGUUCGCAACCUUCUGAAAGAUGUGGCAAGACGCGCUGGAACAAAUGUGUUAGAAGCCAUCGACUACCUUGAUGACGGCUCUCCCAUUCAGCUGAAGGUUGAUAUCAAUGUUGAGAAGGGGUCUGCCGUACUGGAUUUCGCGGGGACAGGAUGCGAGGUGAGAGGGAAUCUGAACUCGCCCAUCUCCGUCGUGCACUCGGCAGUCAUCUACUGCAUGCGUUCCAUGCUCGACUUGGAAAUUCCCUUAAACGCUGGCUGCCUUGUUCCGCUUGAAAUCAAAAUUCCUGAGAAGUCGCUUCUAUCGCCAUCACGAACUGCUGCUGUUUGCGGAGGGAAUGUUCUAACAUCCCAGCGCAUCGUGGAUGUCGUUCUAAAAGCAUUCCAUGCAUGCGCCGCUAGUCAAGGGUGUACAAACAAUCUAACGUUUGGCACCGGUGGGAAGGACAAGGAUGGGAAGAGUGUCAGUGGAUGGGGUUACUACGAAACUAUUGCAGGUGGAUCGGGCGCUGGUCCCGGUUGGCACGGAACCUCAGGCGUACACACUCACAUAACGAAUACCCGAAUCGGAGAUGUCGAAAUUCUUGAACGUCGUUAUCCUGUGAUGCUGCAUCAGUUUGGGUUGCGGACAGGAUCAGCUGGACAGGGAAAGUACCGUGGUGGGGAAGGUGUUAUCAGAGACAUCGAAUUCUUGGAACCAAUGCAGGUGUCUAUACUAUCAGAGCGGCGUACGAGACAGCCUUAUGGCAUGGAAGGCGGUGGGCCAGGGGGGCUCGGGCGUAAUACGUGGAUAAAAAAAGCAUCCAAGGCAGAUGGAGACCUGGUUGAUGGUGGUCCCACGGAGAGAAAUAUCAAUAUCGGCGGCAAGGCUUCAGUGUGGAUGGGAAAGGGUGACAGAUUGCUGAUCGAGACACCGGGCGGAGGUGGUUGGGGCGAGGCGGAAGGGUCACAGGAAACCGACUUUAUUCAUGGACAUAUGAAGGCAUGGGAGCCGAGGGGAAGUCUGGCGGAAAGAGCGGCAGCUCAGGCAGGGUUCUAG